UUUGAUGGUUUCAUCGCCGUGGCCGCUCACACAAUUGUGGUUGGUGCCAGCGCAGAUCAGAAGAUCAGCGGACGCCCAGCUGAUGUCAUCCUGGCCGCCUACUGGUCCGUUCAGGCCGCAUUGCGGUUGCUAAAAUCCAGCACCAAUAACUAUGCCAUCACCGCUGCCGUGCAACAAAUCAACAAUUCGUACAAGUGCAAGCCGAUUGAGGACAUGCUGAGCCACGUGCUGAAGCAGUUCAAAAUCGAUGGCGAGAAGACAAUCAUACAGAAUCCGAGCGAGGCGCAGCGCAAGGAGCACGAAAAGUGCACCUUCGACACGUACGAAGUGUAUGCCAUCGAUGUGAUUGUAAGCAGCGGCGAGGGCGUGGGACGGGAGAAGGACACCAAGGUCUCAAUCUACAAGAAGUCGGAAGAGAACUACAUGCUCAAGCUGAAGGCAUUCCGUGCCCUGCUGGCAGAGGUGAAAACAAAGUACGGGAACAUGCCUUUCAACAUCCGCAGCUUCGAGGAGGAGACCAAGGCACGCAUGGGCGUCGUCGAGUGUGUCUCGCACCAGAUGAUUGAGCCCUUCCAAGUGCUGUACGAGAAGCCAACUGAGAUUGUGGCGCAGUUCAAGCACACGAUUCUGCUCAUGCUCAAUGGCGUUAAUCUUGUCACCGACAUACCAUUCAAUGAGGACAGCUUCGCAAGCGAGUACAGAAUUGCGCAGGAAGAGCUGAAGACACUGGUCGCACAGCCACUAGGACCCGUCAAGGGCAAGGGAAAAGGCAAGAAGGCAUCUGCUGCGGCGAACAAGGUAGAUUUCGCGCCGGCGCCCGUUGAGGCCAAGGCAUAGAGCCGACCGAACCCU